CGAAAAAUGACACGGCCCUGAACCUAUUCAUAUAUUUUGAUCUCCAGGCUCACAGUAGACGAUGACAUAUUUUGUUUGAUCACAUUUACAGUGUAUUCGCACUAGCAGUAACCCUAAAAAUGGUCGUUGACUCGGAGCUUGAAGAAGCUAAAGCGGCUGUUUUACAGUUGAUGAAAGAAAAGGAAAAAAUUGAAAAUGAGUUACAAGCUGCCAGAAACAUCCUUGAUACCAAUAAUGUGGGAAUGACAGACGAAUUAGUGGAUUCUGCUGGUUUUCCUAGGAAUGACAUUGAUGUUUAUCAAGUUAGGCAUGCUCGUCACAAGAUAAUAUGUCUGCAAAAUGACCACAAAGCAAUAAUGAUAAAAAUUGAACAAGGAUUGCACAAAGUUCAUCAGUUUGCUAAUUCUGGUGAAUCACAAGGAGCGACUGCUUCUACCUCUAGCCCUACAGAAGAAACAUGUUUAUUGGAGCCUUUUCUUAGAGUUGAUUCAGUCUCUGCUGGUUCUCCAGCUGAAUUAGCAGGUAUUCAAGUGGAUGAUUUCAUAUUAGAAUUUGGAUCAGUUUCUAAUAGAAAUUUCAAGUCCCUCAAAGAUAUUGGUAAUUUAGUAGAAAGUAGCCGCUACAAAGAGGUACCAGUUAAGAUAAAACGUGGCUCUAAUACUUUUGCAUUAACUUUAAUUCCACGGCCUUGGAGUGGAAAAGGUUUGCUUGGAUGUCAUGUUGUGCCCUUGGAAGCAGUUGAAAGAUAAAAGGAAGAAAAUUAAUUCUAAGUAUUUAAGAUAGUAAUACUGUCUCUAUAAGUCUUAUUCGUUGAAAUAAAUAAUUAUUUUGAAAAAAAUUAAA